AUGUUGCAGGAUGAGCUGCAAUGCUUUUCUAGCAUUUUGCUAUUGCGGAUGUCCAGGCUUUGUCAGGCAGGCGUGACCCCAGGCCUGGGUGAGCCUGUGCAGAGUCGCGAGUGUACUUCUGGUGGUGGUGGGACUACAUCUGCCUCAUUCGCGCGCCUCAUGCGCACGGAGUACCAGAAAGAUGAUCCUGAUUGUGUGGAUGCCGGCUUGAAGUUGCUUGAGCAAGGCACCGGGCAUGUCCCCACGGUGCUUGGAAUUUCAAGCAUGACUUGCCAUGCGUGUGGUGGACACGAAGUGGUGACCGACCGUGUGUUCUCCGAACGCGGCCAGCUCUUCUGCCAGGAAUGCUGGUAUAUGUGGGAGCGGUGUGGGUGGUGGAAGCCAUCGGUACGUGUAUCUACCAGCCCGCCGCAGCUGUCAUCCACACGAUCUCCCAUCAUACACGGAGAAGAUGCUUUCUUCCUGUCUUCGUUUCUAUGUUCUCAAGACGACAGAAGUGUCAUGGAACAGCUGCAGAUGGAGCUGGAAACCGAAGAGAAAUCAAUGAUAGACUGGCACGGAGCUCGGCACUUGGGCUUGCAAUUUGAGUCAGGCAUCCCGGAGGUUGAACAGAGUCUUCGUGCUCAGCUUGUGCGCCGAAUGGAGAAGGCCUUCGGAAUCAAGGCUUCAGCUGUUCGACUAAACCUCUACCGGUCACAGCAAGACUACAAGCCCUUGCACUAUGAUCGUGGCCGAGACCCCGAGGGCAAUCCCCAACUCACAGUUGGAGCAUCGUUUGGGGCAGUGAGGGAGCUGACGCUUAUGCACGUUAAGUCAGGUGUGACCAUGUCCUUCCCCCAACACAAUGGCGAUGUCUUUGCCUUCACGCCAGAGCUAAAUGAAGUGUUCAUGCAUGGUGUGCCGCAUAUUCUGCCCAACUCGCCCUCUGCGCUUGAUCCAGCUGACAGUGCCCGCAUGUCGUUGAUAGUGUGGGGUGCCAGAAUUCAGUAG